CAUCCUUUAUAAGCAUACAAACUCCGCAACGGCAAGUAGUAUUAUUAUUUAUCUUUUCUUCUGACACUAUGAAGGAACUGUUCAGAAGUAUUCUAAUUUUUUGCAUCGUACAGGCAGGAUGGGGGCUUACGAUGUACCAAGGCACGGAAGCCUAUUUAGGCCAAUUUCCUUAUCAAGCAAUGUUGCUGCUCAACGAUCAAGAACUUGUCUGUGGUGGAUCGAUCAUUCACAAACGUUGGAUUCUUACAGCUGGUCACUGCAAAGUGUCUACACCGUUGCUAUAGGCGGUAUUGAAGCUAGUGCAAUAGAUGCUGUAAGGUACCCCAUCGAAGCCUUCAUAGUGCACAGCCAGUUUUCAGGAGUACACCUCUAUUAUGACAUCGCUCUUAUUCGUUUAAGGUAUGAUAUUCAAUUCAGUACAAUCGUAAGACCAAUAAAACUUCCAACAAAUAAUUUGAACAAGUACGAGAACGACUUAGCAAUUUUAUCAGGAUGGGGGAAAGUUAGUCCGAAUAAAUUUGCUGAAACUCUACAGUAUAUUCAAAUCCGAAUAGUCAGACAACAAAUUUGCGCAUAUUACUGGCAAGACCAAUUCAAUCCAGUACAUGAGAGUCAAAUUUGUACUUCGGUUGACGAACAAAAAUCUGUAUGCAAUGGUGAUUCUGGCGGACCUCUCGUUGUCAACGACACGCAAGUCGGCGUAGUUUCGUACGGAAGUUUCUGCCUGCAAAUCAAACCCGACGUAUACACCAGAGUCUCUUAUUUCCUUCCCUGGAUCAAACACCAGAUGAGAUCGUACAACGACGCGCUGCCGUAUUAAAAAACACUUGGCGCUUUCUCCGCAAAUGCAAUCCACCGGUUGUAGCGACGAUACUAUCCAAUAAAAUCUCAACUCUACACGUA